AUGUCUGUCGCCGAGGACACCGGAGAUAUGGUUAUGACACGAGAUGUACGCGUUACGUACGUCAAAUUCUCGCCAUAUUUGGAGGUCGAAAACCAUGGAGGCCAGACGGUUCUCAUUGGCAUAACGGGUGGACUGAUAAUGCUUAUCAUCGAAGCACUCAAGCUUAAUGCAACGUUUGUGGUGUCUUCGGACGGCGUGUUCGGGGUUGAGCUGCCCAACGGAAGCUGGUCCGGAAAGAUGGGAAUGCUCACUAGGAACGAGGCCGACAUCACGGGAGGGCCCCUCAUGAUCACCACCUCUCGCGCGGAGGUCGCCCAUCCAUCGUUGCCGAUAUCCUACAUCGACGUCGUCAUCUUCGCCGGUCGUCCCUUCCACUUCUCCGAGGAAGUGUUCGCAUUUCUUCGUGCCUUCAAUUGGAUCGUCUGGCUUGGCACCGCGCUAGCCUUCUUGGUCAUCUGGGUGGUGUACGUGGGCAUCUCCGCUGCUUCGGCUUUGCUGCGACGCACGCGCCCUGAGGACACCGGCCUCGGGUACUUACAGCAGCAUGGCAGCGUCCUGGAAUCAUUUGAUAUGCUUGCAAGCGCCCUUCUGUCCCAAACCUCAUCCCAUGUGCCCGCUAGGAUGUCACAAAGAAAUUUGGUGGCUGUUUGGCUUCUCGGCCUUAUUGUACUGCGUACGAGUUUUAUCGGCCAGACGAAGGCAUCGCUGGUUGUGCGCACCGACGUCCGAUGCAUCGAGGGGAUUGAAGACGUGGCCAAUGAUCCUAAGAUCACGCCUGUAGUUGUGCCGGAUUCCGGAUUCCUGUGGCUCCUUGAGGGCGAGGCAGCCAUGAUCUUCACCCAGCAACCCAUCGCGGGAGAGAUGAAGGAACGCUGCAGCACACUGGGCGACAUGGACGGCGAGUUCUACUACGCGCCCAAGUUGGUGGCGCAGCUGCCCAUUUCCUUGUUCAUGAGGAAAGAACUGGACAAGCAACUCCGCACCAGCAUCGGAGAGAAGAUCGAGCUGUUCGUCGAGCGCGGUCUGAUUCACAAGCUGUUUCGUGACAGCGGCCAGGACGAGACGCCUUGCCUCCGGGAGUCUGCGCUGAGCCAGCAGCGAAUCAAGACUAACCGAAGUCAGAUGGACGGUCUGCGAGGAAUAUUCUUCACGUGGCUUGCGGGACUCGCGAUCGCCACACUAGCCCUGGUUGCCGAGAAAUUGCGCAACAACUUUUCCUUGACCACUGAGCCGUCACGACGCGAAGUACCUCAGACCAGACCGGAGGGCGUGCGUAGGCGUAGGUUCCACCACAACUUGCUUGCGCCUGACACAACACCGUCCCUGCCUCUUAAAAUGUGA